AUGGCAUCCACAGCUGCCAGUUCAAGUGCUAGCCAGGUUGGUGGUCUCCCAUGGAUCGAUUGCCCCAAAUACAAGAUCCAGGUCAUUAGGCGCAAGAGCAAGGCUGGCAAUAUGUAUUACACUUGCCCCAACAAUUUCUCGAACGAUGACACUUGUGCGAACUAUUGGUUUGAGGAUCAAUACCUGGCCUAUCUGUGUGCCAAUCAUCCAGACAAGCUGAUGUCGAAGUGGAAGGUGUACAGGGCCCUUUUGUUGCUCCUGCGGUUCAAGGCAUAG